UCCCGGCGCGCCGCCGCCGCGUGGAGCCGGGCUGCGUGCUCCCGGUCCCCGCUCCCAUCUCCCUGCUGCUCCCCGCUCCCAUCUCCCUGCUGCUCCCCGCUCCCAUCUCCCUGCUGCUCCCGGCUCCCUGCUGCUCCCAUCUCCCUGCUGCUCCCUGCUGCUCCCUGCUCCCGGCUCCCUCCGCCGCCCCGAGCCGUGCCCCCGCCGCGGGCCGGCGGCGCGGGGAUGGGCGCGGGGCUGUGAGCGCGGCCGUGAGCCGUGGCCAUGGGGAACAUCUCCUCCAACAUCUCCGCCUUCCAGUCCUUGCACAUCGUCAUGCUGGGCCUGGAUUCGGCGGGCAAGACCACGGUGCUCUACCGCCUCAAGUUCAACGAGUUCGUCAACACCGUGCCCACCAUCGGCUUCAACACGGAGAAGAUCCGGCUCAGCAACGGGACGGCCAAGGGCAUCAGCUGCCACUUCUGGGACGUGGGCGGCCAGGAGAAGCUGCGCCCGCUCUGGAAGUCUUACAGCCGCUGCACCGAUGGCAUCAUCUACGUGGUGGACUCAGUGGACGUGGACCGGCUGGAGGAAGCCAAAACGGAGCUGCACAAGGUGACCAAGUUCGCGGAGAACCAGGGCACGCCGCUGCUGGUCAUCGCCAACAAGCAGGACCUGCCCAAAUCGCUGCCGGUGGCCGAGAUCGAGAAGCAGCUGGCCCUUCACGAGCUGACCCCUUCCACCACCUACCACAUCCAGCCCGCCUGCGCCAUCAUCGGCGAGGGGCUGACGGAGGGCAUGGACAAGCUCUACGAGAUGAUCCUCAAGCGCAGGAAGUCCCUCAAGCAGAAGAAGAAGCGGACAGACAAUAGUGGUGAUAACAAAGCGGCUCCCGCCAGAGCGGAGCUCCCCUCUCCAACCGCCCCGUGCUCCUGAGGGUCUGAUCCGGACUCGUUUGGGCUGGAAACAUGGAGAAACGGGAUGAACCCCCCCUCUCCAUCCUCCGGGACCGCCGAGCCUUUGUGUGUGCCGGGGAACCAACAGGGCAGGACCCUGUUGAAGUGCGUUCGAACGGAGCCCAGCGUGCUCAUGGAUCUUCAGCGUGGGCGUUUUGGGGCAUUUGGGGGUGUCGAUGCCAGCCCCCCCCACAUGCCUUUUGGGGUGGGGGGUGCGGAUGCACCGUGGCUCGGCAAGGUCAGCGGGGAGGGGGCUUGCAGCCCUGAUCCCUGCAUCCCCGCAUCCCUAGAUCCCUCCCCCGCGGGUGGCGGUGGGAAGGGGUGUUGAAAGCUUGGAGGGUGGGUCGGGCCAGCAGAAAAUGUCUUGGAGGGGUGGGUGUGAUGGGCAAGGGGACAUCCACCCGCCCUGGCUGGUGUUUUAGGGUGCAGAGCGAGGACGGGCAGCCUUUGGGGAGGGGGGGGGGAGGAUGCGACACUGGGGUGCUGAGCAGCUGCUGAAUGGUGCAGAGCUUUAAGCUCUUGGUUCCAAAAAAAGGGUGGAGAAAGGAAAAAAAUACCCAAGGGUUUGGGGUGAACGCUGCUGGAAGCAUUGGGGGGGGUUGUGCAGGACCCCCAUUUCUCAAAGGCUUGGUGGUGUCACCUUCUGCAGCAAAGUCCCCCGCAGGUGUGCAGUGUCCCCGUGCACAGGGUGCUCCCAGGGCGUGAUCCGAACUAGGGGUCACUUAGUAAAAUCCCCCCAAAAAAGCAGAGUUUGGGGUUCUGGCCGCUGUGCUGCUCUGCAGUGGGGCAGGAGGCCAAGUCGGGGGGGAGGGUCAUGGCAGGGCAGGAUGGAUGGAUGGACAGAGAUGGCCAGAGCCUGCAAAAAAAUCUCUGCUGGAAAGGGAAGAUGGCAGGGAGUGGACAGGCAUGGGGGGCUUGUGGUUCGUUUUUAAUAAAGAUUCAAACCUGAUUAAAAGCCCCUCGCUUCCCCCAGUAGCCACAUGGGCAAGCUCUGUCUGCAGAGCAGCCUGAGCGCCCGGGCAGGGUCGGGCCUGGCCGCCUCCUCCUGCCGGUGGACAUUUGGGUACCUGCGUGGGGCUGGGGACCAAAAUCCACAUGCUGUCCGCGCUUCGGCCUGGGAUCCGGCUCUCCAGGGUCCUGGCUUCCCACAGAGCUGAAGCAGACAGCCCUCAGGGGCCAAAUAUCCUGAAUUUGGAGGCAGGCGGGAUUUUCUGGUGAUUUUACACCAGCUUUCCCGUUCGCAAACCCUUUCCCGGAGCUGCCAGAGGGAAAGCACCAAGCAGACAAAAGCGAAACGCCCUUCGGGUUUCAGGGAGUUGAUCCUCCCCUUGCAGCGACGAGCACCUUCCAAACAGCAUUUUGGGGGGGGCGGGGGGGUUUGUUAGGGAACAAAUGCUGCAGCCGAGUUGUGUUUCUUCUCCUCUUGCGGGGUUUGAGUUCCCGGCGCGAGUCCCGAUUUGUGUGGGCUGGUCCCAUCCGUUCAGGUGGCUCCCUUCCCGCUCCCUCGGGUUUCCCUGCUUUGUCUUCGCCUCCAACACUUUGGUACUUGCUGUCAAGAGAGAGAAAGAGAGAGAGAGAGAGAGAGAGAGAGAGAAAAGAAUUAUUUAUUUUUGAUGCCACAGAAGCCACAUGUAUUAACCCUUUUUCGGGAGAGCAACCUGUUUGAAAUGUAAGAGCUGUGUUGACCCCAGCAGCUCGAGAGGGAUCAGGUUUUAGGAAUGACACGUGCAGGCUGUUAGAGGUGGGUUUUUUUCACCUCCUGGCUGGUCUCGGUUUAGCAAAUGCUGGCGAUGGAAAGGCUGUUUUUACAGAGCUGGGUCCUGCCUGGGAGCUCGUUCCACCCGGCUGCGCAUCCCCUUGGAGAGAUGGCAGAGCGCUGGAAGGUUCGGCUGAGCCGGGCGGGACGCUGUGCUCGUGCCCUCGCCGGCCACUCUGCUUUCUGCAAUAAUUAAAAAGACUUUUCCGACGAGUA